AUGUACCCGAAGGCAGACGAGGGUGAUGCCCAGCCGCUGGCCACGGGCAUCCCCAUCAGCGGCGGCGGGGGCGGCUACUACCAGGCGGGCGGCGCGACGGCGGCCUUCGCGGUGCAGGCGCAGGCCGCGCCCGUCGCCGCCUGGUCCACCGGCCUCUGCGACUGCUUCGACGACUGCAGCAACUGCUGCGUGACGUGCCUGUGCCCGUGCAUCACGUUCGGGCAGAUCGCGGAGAUCAUCGACCGGGGGUCCACGUCGUGCGGCACCAGCGGGGCGCUGUACACGCUCAUCAUGCUGCUCACCGGCUGCCAGUGCGUCUACUCCUGCUUCUACCGCGCCAAGAUGCGCUCGCAGUACGGCCUCCAGGAGAGCCCCUGCGCCGACUGCUGCGUCCACUGCUGCUGCCAGUGCUGCGCGCUCUGCCAGGAGUACCGCGAGCUCAAGAAGCGGGGAUUCGACAUGAACAUAGAUGAAAACAUGGUCCGUGAAACACUCCGCACCACACGAAAAUAUGGCCCAUUAAACACUCCACCAGAAGGCUCAAUUUGGUUCGUGCGCGAGCCCAUGCGGCUGGUGAGUGCUGACACAGUAUCACUCCGCCACAGUCGCUAG